ACCAUAUCAUCCGCAUACCAACACUACAUACGUUUGCCAAUAUCUAUUGAGCCUGCCUCAUCAUUUGUAUCAAGCAAGUAUAUUGCAGUACCCGAUAAAUGAGCCCAACCUAAAAUAAUUCUGAGCCCCUUCUUAAGCAUCAGAACGAUGUCUGGAAACCCAUUACCCUUGUUGUUGCUCUCCGAAGGUGUCUUGAAAGUGAUCGGGGGUUCUGUUUUCCUUUUCUCGCCGACCACCAUCCUUAAGAAUCUUCAGUCAGCGCCAUGUACAGCGACAUCCAUAUCACUCAUCCGCAACUUGGGAACGCAAACACUAGCAUUCAGCAUCCCCCUAUUCCUAGCCGCGCGAAAUGAUGUUGUUAGCAUAAAGAGUAGGCGGCUGGUGUAUUGGACGCUCUUGGGCAGAGAGGGAUUGCUUGCGCUCGGUUUAUUGGGGCAGAUUGGCUGGAGCCAUGUUGGCCAAUGGAAGUCUCCGGUCGAUAAAGGAGCUGAAGAGCGGGAAAGAUUGUUGGAGGAGGGUCUUGGGUACGAUCUCAAAGGACGCGAUGAGGACGUUCGUUGGGACGAAAGGGUGCUAAGAAAAGGGUUGCUGCUCUGGGUCGCAGAACUGACGCCUUUCAUUUUGGGAAGAAUUUGGAUUCUGACGAUGAAGAAAGAUUGGUUUGUCUAAGCCACUGUGCAACGCAUUGUCAUUUGUCAAUCCAUCAAUCCCAAUGUAUCCGCAAUAUGCCGAGUCAUGCUUGUUAGAGUCGCAAUAAUAUCAUGCGCUGUAUGUAAAAUGACCGUAUUUGUUCAAGGUAUAAUCUAUCUACUUGCAUGCAUAGACUCCAACCUACGCCCAAUGUCGCUGCACGCUACAAAUGAAUCAAGAAAAC